AUGUCACUUCCGCCCCUACAAGCAAACAACAAUAUUUCUCAACAACAACAAGAGCAGCAGAAUGAUUUCUCCCAAGCACCAAUUUUCCAUGCUGACGAGUAUUAUUACCAUUCCGAACCACCAACAACAACAACAACUACAACAAACACUUUCAAUCAAAGACGAAGAAGACGAAAGUCAUUCACAUUUCACAAAAAGUUUGCAUUUCUAUCAUCGCCUUCCACACCGGAUUGGCUUGGACGGGAUGUUUUUAAGAGUUUUCUAACUAACAUGAAUUCAACAAGUCAUUCUUCCAUGAGUGGUGGUAAUAGUGACAACAACAACAACUCUUCAAGUUGCUUUCAAUUAGAAACAAAUCAUCAUGCCACUCCACAUCAUCCAAACAUUAGCAAUGGUCACCACGAGAAUCACAACAUUGUGACCAGACCAAAUUCUUCUGAAAACCUUAACCAUACACAAUCAGCAAGUGGACCCAGUCGUGCAAUCAGAAAGUCAAGUCCCUCCACGAACAAAUUAAUUUCAACUCCUCUUAAAAUUUUACCUAAAAGUAGACCUUCGAAAAGUUUCAAUUUCAUUGAUGAAGCAUUGGGAGAUCGGUUCGUCUUUUAUCAAAUUAUGGCCUUUCUUCCAAUGAGUGCUUGUUUGGGAUCCGCACUCGAUUUGGCAACCUUAUUUGAGUUUGAAAAUGCAAAUCAUUACACACAUUCGAAUGGAAUGUCCUCUUUGUCACAACCUCUCACACGAAGAGACAUUUAUCAACGAUUUGAAAAUGGAAGUAGUUUAUUGAAUUGUAUGCUCGUUCACUCGAGAUGGUAUCAAUUACUCAACGAUGAAGUAUUUUACAAAAUUAUUGUGACUGAACAAUUUCCAAAAUAUUUUGAAAUGUAUUACAAAUAUCCAGGUGGAAGGACCUUGCAAGAGGUGGAGGUGUAUCAUUGCUCAUCCUUUUUCGAAUCGAAUUCUGUCACGUGUCAUCAAAAUUCAAAUUCUUCCUCCACAGACAAGAUUCAAAAAAAAACCUUCCCUCAACAAGAAAUCUCCUUCUUCGAACCUCAAUGGAAAAUGAUUUUGAUAGAUAUUCUUACCGGAAUGUGUUGGAGUCCAUUCAUUAGCCGAGAAAAAGAAUAUUGCUACUUUCAUCCAAAUACUUUUUUUGCAAAAGAAAGUCGAUGGAAAUCAUCUCCUUCUUCACUCAAUCAUCAUCACUUUUAUCAUGCUCCAAAUUCUCCCAAUCCUCAUUUGAAUAUGACAACGACAACGACGACAACCUCGAUGGAUUCGAGUCGCUGCUUUUCACCUCCCUUCAUGCAUCCAAACUCUUCGUCAUUCCUGAUGAUUUCCAGCUCUGGAGGGCCCUCCUCAACCAACUCUUCAUUUCAUCUGAACAUGUCUGCGGUAUCAUCAUCUUCAGCAGAUUUAACCGUGACCACCUCUAACACAUUCUACACCUUUCCAAAACGGGGAGGAGUGGUGUGUGAAAAUGGAAAAGUCAUUAAGGCACCCAUUGAACACAUUCCAAGACUUAAAUGUACUUAUCAAUUGUUUCGAAUGAAUAAGCCCAUCUUGUGUGACAUGAAUGUUGAAUUUCAAAUCGUGGAAGAACGAAAUCGAGAUUUCAAAUCUCGUAUACAUGAGGACAAUUUUAUUUUGUUGGGAAUUGUGGAUAGUGACUUGCUCUAUUCACAUGGUGAUGUUGUUGGAACUCCCACACAAACAGCUCUUGUGAAUGAACCCAUGAGUGAAACGAUUUCUGCAAAAUUCAACUAUCUUGGAGUUUACAACAUUCGAUCUCGAUAUUGUGGAAGAUCCAGAGAAGUGGAAUUGAAUUUAGGAUAUGCCAGCAAUGGAUAUUUAUGUUAUUCAACAAGUAAUGCUGGUUUAUUUUAUGACAAGUGGAAACCAGGAGAUUUGAUCUCAUUUGAAGUGACAGGAAUUAAUCACUUCUCGCGAAAACGAAAAAGAGAUCGAAAGAAGGAAUACGCCCAAGUACUCAUUCGGCACAAUGGAAGACAUGUGACAGUCAUUGAAGAUUUCAUGUUAUUGAAUGGUCCUAUUUCCAGACAAGACUCGAUCACACCAUUUCCCAAGCUCUAUUAUUUUGCAUGCAAUUUUUAUUAUGGAGGAAAUAUGUUGAAUUCAAUGGCCUAUCCCAGUGGAGUGAAGAUUCAUUCUAUUAAGUAUUUGUAA